AUUAGAACAAAAUAGGGGUUAAAAUCGAAUAUGUUUUUUGUCCUUUCUCUUCUUCAUUCUUCACCACCGUGGCAGUAACUAGGGUGAGUGUUGGAGUGUGAGAAUCAACCUGCAAAUAAUUCUGAGCUUCAUUCAUUCAUUCAUGUCUUCCUCUCACUCUCACUCUCACUCUCAAGUUGGUUAUUUGAUUCCCUUGAAUCAUAAUUUUGAAGAAGAAAAACAAAAAGCUUCAAUCCCCAAAUUACCUAUCUCAGACGGUACCAAUAUCAUUGGACGGAACAACCUUGCCGUCACCGAUAAGAGACUUAGCCGGAAACAUCUCACUAUAACUGCUUCUACCGAUGGCACUGCAAAUUUGCAUGUGGAAGGGACAAAUCCAGUUGUUGUUAAUUCUGGGAAUAAGAGAAGAAAGCUUAACUCCAAAGAAACAGUUACCAUUUCUGACGGAGAUGUAAUUGAGCUAAUUCCUGGUCACCAUCUUUUUAAAUAUCAAGUGUCGAAAAGAUCUUCAAGUGGUGCAGACAAUGAAGCUCGUGAACGGGGAAGAAAUGCAGUGACACAAAAGCAUGAUAAAAUUGUUGCGACACAAAAGCAUGAUAAAAUUGCUGUGACACAAAAACAUGGCUAUUCUCGGUCAUGUGAAGAGGCUAUUCGUGAUUUCCGUGUUGCUGAUGAUCAAAUACCUUGCACCUUCCGGCUUUUGCGUGUGCAAGGGUUACCACCUUGGGCAAAUACUUCAUGUGUUUCAUUAACUGAUGUUAUACAGGGGGAUAUUCUAGUUGCUAUUCUUUCAAACUACAUGGUAGACGUUGACUGGUUGGUUCCUGCAUGUCCAGCACUUUCAAAAGUUCCCCAUGUGCUUGUUCUUCAUGGAGAGGGUGAUGAGAGGGUGGCUUGCAUUAAGAGAAGCAAACCUAAAAAUUGGAUUUUGCACAAACCACCACUGCCAAUUUCAUUUGGGACGCACCAUUCAAAGGCCAUGUUUCUCGUAUAUCCUCGAGGAGUAAGAAUCAUUGUACAUACGGCAAACUUAAUUUAUGUAGAUUGGAACAAUAAAAGCCAAGGUCUAUGGAUGCAAGAUUUUCCAUGGAAAGAUCAAAAUAGUCUUAGCAAGGGAUCUGGAUUUGAAAAUGAUUUGGUUGAAUAUCUCAGUGCGUUGAAGUGGCCCGAAUUCUCUGUGAAUCUUCCAUCCCUUGGAAACUUCAGUAUAUGUCCAUCAUUUUUCAAGAAGUUUGACUAUAGUGACGCAAUGGUUAGACUAAUUGCAUCUGUACCUGGAUAUCAUUCUGGUAAUGGUUUGAAGAAAUGGGGUCAUAUGAAGCUUCGUUCAGUGCUCCAAGAGUGUACAUUUGAUGAAGAGUUUAAGAAAUCCCCCCUUGUUUAUCAGUUCUCCUCCCUUGGCUCUUUAGAUGAAAAAUGGAUGGUUGAACUGGCAUCAUCAAUGUCAGCAGGUCUCUCUAAAGACAAAGUACCCCUUGGUAUGGGGGAGCCUCAAAUAAUAUGGCCUACUGUAGAAGAUGUCAGAUGUUCUAUAGAGGGAUAUGGAGCUGGAAGUGCAAUCCCAAGUCCCUUGAAAAAUGUGGAGAAAGCAUUUUUGAAAAAGUAUUGGGCAAAAUGGAAAGCAAACCAUACUGGUCGCACCCGUGCAAUGCCACAUAUAAAGACUUUUGCUCGUUACAAUAAUCAGAAUCUCGCUUGGUUCUGUUUAACUUCUUCAAAUCUGAGCAAAGCUGCCUGGGGAGCUCUUCAGAAGAACAAUAGUCAGUUGAUGAUUCGUUCGUACGAGCUGGGAGUGCUUUUUCUUCCAUCGCCAUUGAAACGGGGAUGUGGAUUUUCUUGUACUAGUAAUGUUAAACUAUCGAAGGAUAAAUCCCUGGCACAGGAAACAUCUGAAAUGAAGAAAACCAAACUAGUGACUCUAAGUGGGCCGGCAAGGGAUACUACACAUUCGUCGUCUGAAGUUAUCAUCCAGUUACCUGUGCCUUACGAACUCCCUCCAUUGCCUUACACUUCUGAAGAUGUGCCCUGGUCAUGGGACCGGCGAUAUUUUAAGAAAGAUGAUUAUGGUCAAGUUUGGCCUCGGAUGUAAGCAUUCUUAGUGUACAUAUGAGUCAGUCCACUCCCCUUUAUAAUUCAAUUGUGGAUUGAAAGCUUGAAGAACAUGACACAAUUGCUUUUACAAAUUAAACUAGAGAUCCCUUGUGCAAUUAUGUGUCAUACAUCGGGCGAAGGAUACUGUCAUGUCUCUAGCGAAACAAUGCUCCGUUGCUUUAGCAAUCCAUUCCUUUCCGUGAAUGUGUAUGUUAAGUGAGUGAUUACUCUCUCAAAGCUUUAGCACCAUGUAAGUAGUUUUAGUGAAUGUUUGGAGUCAUGGUGAGUUUCACGAAAUCAAUGAUUUUGUUGAGGCUCCAACGUGUAGCUUGCCAAAAUCACAGUGGCACAACGCGAUUCUGUCAAACUCAUUGUCAAUUAUUCAACGAAUUAUUCUUGCAUUUUUUAUGAGACUCAUUCGUAAUGAUAUUUAGAUACAACAUUGCCA